GCCGCCGGCCCGGAGAUGCCGGUGCAGCUGGCUACAGCCCUGCGUGUGGUGGGCACCAGUCUGUUCGCCCUGGUGGUACUGGGGGGCAUCCUGGCGGCCUAUGUGACAGGCUACCAGUUUAUCCACACAGAAAAGCACUACCUGUCCUUCGGCCUUUACGGUGCCAUCCUGGGCCUACAUCUGCUCAUCCAGAGUCUGUUUGCCUUCCUGGAGCACCGGCGCAUGCGCACAGCAGGGCGCCCGCUGAAGCUGCACUGCUCUCAGAGGCAACGCUCAGUGGCACUCUGCAUCGCUGCCUACCAGGAGGACCCUGAGUACCUGCGCAAGUGCCUGCGCUCGGCUCAGCGCAUCGCCUUCCCAAACCUCAAGGUGGUCAUGGUAGUGGAUGGCAACCGCCAGGAAGAUGCCUACAUGCUGGACAUCUUCCAUGAGGUGCUGGGUGGCACUGAGCAAGCUGGCUUCUUCGUGUGGCGUAGCAAUUUCCAUGAGGCAGGUGAAGGGGAGACGGAGGCCAGCCUGCAGGAAGGCAUGGAGCGUGUGCGAGCCGUGGUGUGGGCCAGCACCUUCUCAUGCAUCAUGCAGAAGUGGGGAGGCAAGCGUGAGGUCAUGUAUACAGCCUUCAAGGCCCUUGGCGACUCAGUGGACUACAUCCAGGUGUGUGACUCUGACACCGUGCUGGACCCAGCCUGCACCAUCGAGAUGCUUCGAGUCUUGGAAGAAGAUCCCCAAGUAGGGGGUGUUGGAGGAGAUGUCCAAAUCCUCAACAAGUAUGAUUCGUGGAUCUCCUUCCUGAGCAGUGUGAGGUACUGGAUGGCCUUCAACGUGGAGCGGGCCUGCCAGUCCUACUUUGGCUGUGUCCAAUGCAUUAGUGGGCCUUUGGGCAUGUACCGCAACAGCCUCCUUCAGCAAUUCCUGGAGGACUGGUACCAUCAGAAGUUCCUAGGCAGCAAGUGCAGCUUUGGGGAUGAUCGGCACCUCACCAACCGAGUCCUGAGUCUUGGCUACCGGACUAAGUAUACAGCACGCUCUAAGUGCCUCACAGAGACCCCCACUAAGUACCUUCGAUGGCUCAAUCAGCAGACCCGCUGGAGCAAGUCUUACUUCCGGGAAUGGCUCUAUAACUCUCUGUGGUUCCAUAAGCACCACCUCUGGAUGACCUAUGAAUCAGUGGUCACGGGCUUCUUUCCUUUCUUCCUCAUUGCCACAGUCAUACAACUCUUCUACCGUGGCCGCAUCUGGAACAUUCUCCUCUUCCUGCUGACGGUGCAGCUAGUGGGCAUUAUCAAGGCUACAUAUGCCUGCUUCCUUCGAGGCAAUGCAGAGAUGAUCUUCAUGUCUCUUUACUCCCUUCUCUAUAUGUCCAGCCUCCUGCCAGCCAAGAUCUUUGCCAUUGCCACAAUCAACAAGUCUGGCUGGGGCACUUCCGGCCGCAAAACCAUUGUAGUGAACUUCAUUGGCCUAAUCCCGGUGUCCAUCUGGGUGGCAGUUCUUCUAGGCGGAUUAGCCUAUACUGCUUAUUGCCAGGACCUGUUCAGUGAGACUGAGCUAGCCUUCCUAGUCUCUGGGGCCAUCCUGUAUGGCUGCUACUGGGUGGCCCUCCUCAUGCUGUACCUGGCCAUUAUUGCCCGGAGGUGUGGGAAGAAGCCAGAACAGUAUAGCCUGGCUUUUGCUGAGGCGUAA